AUGGUAGUGUUCCGGAGUGGACAGCCAGUAGUGAGAAGUUGGAUGACGGGAGGCAUGGGACAGAAUGUGCUGGGAGUUACUGUGGAUGAGGUGAAGACAGUGAGAGAAGGAGAAACUGUUUCUUUACUCACUGGUUUUACUGGACUUCAGAGCGAUGUUGCUAUACUGUGGUUUUAUGGGCCUGUGGAUCCAAAUACAAAGAUAGUUCAAAGUAUAUUCCACAGAGGAGAGAUUAUUACAGAUUACAGCGAUAAAUUCAGAGACAGACUGCAGCUGGACAGACAGACUGGAUCUCUCACCAUCAGGAACAUCAGCACCACAGACUCUGGAGUUUAUAAAGUACAAAUUAUCAAUGGAUAUGUCUCAGAGAAGAGGUUUAGUCUCACUGUCUAUGCUACUGUUCCUGCUCCUCACAUUAGAGUCAGACAGAGUCGCUCAGCAGGAAGUGGAUCAUCUGGUCCAAAGUGUUCAGUGGUGUGUUCAGUGGAGAAUGGGAGAGAUGUGACUCUGUCCUGGUACAAAGGGAAAGAGAUACUGAACCAGACCAGCAGCCCUGAUCUCAGCACCAUCCUCUCUCUCCCUCUGGAGAUAGAGGACCAGGACAACAACAUCUACAGCUGUGUAGCUGAUAACCCAGUCAGUCAGCAGACAACACAACUCACUAAAGAACUAUGUCCUCACAGCAAUGGUAAGUCAGAUGCGACCUUAUUGUUUGUGAAUAUUCUGUGUAAGAUCUUCAUGUUUGUGUACUGUGUGGCUGAAAACCCAGUUAACACCUAG